UUUUUUUUUCUUUCGUUUGUUUGUUUCCUUUAAAUUUAAAUCCAUUAGACCAAUGUUUGGAGCAGUCAAAGAUUUCAUGGGAAAACCAGCACCACCCAACUAUGUUGCGGGUUUGGGUCGUGGUGCAACAGGCUUUACAACACGAUCUGAUAUUGGUCCAGCUAGAGAAUCUGUUAUUGAAGCUGAUCCUUUGAAAGACAUGUCAACUGGUGAUGAUGAUGAUGACGAGCGUUUCCAAGAUCCUGAUAAUGAAGUCGGUCUUUUUUCUACUGCUCCUUAUGAACAAGACGAUGAAGAGGCUGAUAGAGUUUGGGACAUGAUCGAUGCUAAAAUGGAUGAACGUCGUAGAGCUCGUCGUGAACAACGAGAACGUGAAGAGUUGGCCAAAUAUCGUAAGGAACGACCCAAGAUCUCUCAACAAUUUGCUGAUCUUAAACGCCAAUUAUCAACUAUUGAUGAAUCUGAAUGGGCAGCUAUUCCUGAAGUUGGAGAUCUAGUGGGUAAAAAUCGAAAGCGUAGUAAGGUACCUGAACGUUUUACACCUAUGUCAGAUACGAUGAUUGCUGCAGCGAGAGAUAAAUUGGGAUAUAGUCAGACAUUAGAUGCAACAGAGCAACAGUUAGGUGGUAUUGCAACACCCGAUGUUUUGAAUUUUAGAGAAAUUGGACAGGCUCGUGAUAAGGUAUUAGGUCUUAAGCUGGAUCAAGUAUCAUCCGAUUCAGUCUCGGGUAAAACAACGGUAGACCCUAAAGGUUAUUUGACAGAUCUUAACAGUGUAGUUAUUAAAAGUGAUGCGGAAAUUGGCGAUAUUAAGAAAGCUCGUCUUCUGUUGAAUUCAGUUAUUACAACAAAUCCCAAGCAUGCACCUGGUUGGAUUGCAGCAGCUCGUUUAGAAGAAGUCGCUGGUCGACCCGUUCAUGCUCGCAACAUUAUUGCUAAGGGAUGUGAACAAUGCCCUAAAAAUGAAGAUGUCUGGCUUGAAGCAGCUCGUCUCAAUACUUCUGACAAUGCUAAAAUUAUAUUAGCUGAUGCUGUUCGCCAUUUACCUCAAUCCGUUAAGAUUUGGCUAAAGGCUGUAUCAUUAGAAACUGAAACAAAAGCCAAAAAGAAAGUAUUGCGUCGAGCUCUUGAGUUUAUUCCUAAUUCAGUCAAGUUGUGGCGCGCUGCCGUUAAUAUGGAAGAAAACCCUGAUGAUGCAAAAGUAUUAUUGUCAAGAGCAGUUGAACUUGUACCACUUAGUGUUGAUCUUUGGUUAGCUUUAGCUCGUCUUGAAAGUUAUGAAAAUGCGCAGAAGGUUCUGAAUAAGGCACGUGCAGCAAUACCCACAAGCCACGAGAUUUGGAUUGCAGCUGCUCGUUUACAAGAAGAACAUGGUAAGCUUGAAAUGGUUGAUCGUAUUAUUGCCCUUGGUGCCAAAGCUUUGGCCCAAUCAGGUGUUGUUUUGGAUCGUGAACAAUGGAUUGAAGAAGCAGAACGAUGUGAAAAGAAUGGAUCCGUAGUAACAUGUCAAGCUAUUAUUAAGGCAACAAUCGGAAUGGGUGUUGAAGAAGAAGAUCGCAAAUCAACUUGGAUGGAGGAUGCUGAGAGUUGUAUCUCUCAUGGGGCUAUUCAAACUGCACGAGCCAUAUAUGCUCAUGCUCUUAAGGAAUUUCCUGGGAAGGCAUCUAUCUGGCAACAAGCAGCCUAUCUCGAAAAAAGCCAUGGUACACCACAAAGCCUUGAAGAAUUAUUGCAGCGUGCAGUUAAAUAUUGUCCUCAGGCUGAAGUGCUUUGGUUAAUGGGUGCCAAAGAGAAAUGGAUGGCAGGUGAUGUUGAAAGUGCACGUACAAUUUUAGAAGAGGCCUUUAGAGCAAAUCCCAAUAGUGAACAAAUCUGGUUAGCUGCUGUUAAAGUUGAAAGUGAGAAUGAUGAAUACGAUCGUGCAAGAAAACUUUUGGAAUUGGCACGUAAGGAAUCAGGUACCGAACGCGUUUGGAUGAAGUCUGUUAUGCUAGAGCGACAAAUGGAAAAUUAUGAGCAAUGUAACAUUCUACUAAACGAAGCUCUCGAAAAAUUCCCUACAUUUGAUAAAUUAUGGAUGAUAAGAGGACAAUUGGAGGAGUCACAAGAUAAUUUACCAAAGGCACGUGAGGUUUACAAUCAGGCCGUUAAGAACUGUCCUAAGAGCACAACACUUUGGAUUCUUUUGGCUUUGUUGGAAGAAAAACUGGGCAUGCUAACCAAGGCCCGUGCUUCCCUUGAAAAGGCACGUUUCAUUAAUCCUAAGAAUCCUGAUCUUUGGGUUCAAGCAAUUCGUAUUGAAAAGCGUAAUAAUAAUGUGAGUGUUGCAAAAUCAAUGGCAGCUAAGGCUUUACAGGAAUGCCCUACAUCAGGGCUUAUUUGGACAGAAGUAAUAUUUAUGGAAGCAAGACCACAACGUAAGGCACGUAGCGUGGAUGCCCUUAAGAAAUGUGAGCAUGACCCUAUCGUAGUGACAGCUGUUGCACGCUUAUUUUGGACAGAUCGUAAAAUUGAAAAGGCUCGAAACUGGUUCCAAAAGGCAAUACAAAUUGAUCCAGAUCAAGGUGAUUCUUUUGCUUGGUGGUAUAAGUUUGAAUUACAACAUGGUACUAAGGAACAGCAGGAGAUUUGUGUAAAGAGAUGUAUAACAGCAGAACCUCGUCAUGGUGAAUUUUGGCAAGCUGUAGCUAAAGAUGUAAAGAAUAUUGGAAAAAAGACAGAGGACAUACUAAAGCUUUGUGCUGAUAAGUUGGAAUUAGUGAAAUAAAAAAAAAUUCAUUUGUAAAUGAUUUUCAUAAUAACAUUUUCUAUUUAUUUUUUUAAAAAAUAAAAUAAAUUAUAACCAUUAAUUGAAAAAAGG